GAGGAAGUGUACCAAUACCAGGGGAACAAGCUAAUGGCGGCUGCGCGGCCUGUCAGUGACGUCACGGGGCCGGCCCGCUGGCUGCUGGGGUAGGAGGAGGAGGAAAGAGCAGCUGAUGCUGUGCUGUGAUCUGCAGGCAAGGUUAAGCAUCAACUAAUCCAGAAAGAUGGGGGAACUCUUCCGAAGUGAGGAGAUGACGUUAGCACAGCUUUUCUUACAGUCUGAAGCUGCUUACUGCUGCGUCAGCGAACUUGGAGAGCUGGGAAAAGUACAGUUCCGAGAUUUGAAUCCUGAUGUCAACGUUUUCCAGAGGAAAUUUGUCAAUGAAGUCAGAAGAUGUGAGGAAAUGGACCGUAAAUUGCGAUUUGUAGAGAAGGAGAUUAAGAAAGCAAGUAUACCAAUUCUCGAUACAGGGGAGAACCCAGAAGUUCCCUUCCCUAGGGAUAUGAUUGACCUUGAGGCCAAUUUUGAGAAGAUUGAGAAUGAACUUAAAGAGAUUAAUACCAACCAGGAAGCAUUAAAGAGGAACUUUCUGGAGCUGACUGAGUUAAAAUACAUUCUACGGAAAACGCAACAGUUUUUUGAUGAGGCUCAAUUGCAUCAUCAUCAGCAGAUGGCGGAUCCCGACCUACUGGAGGAGUCAUCAUCACUCCUGGAACCGAGCGAGAUAGGAAGAGGAACCCCACUGAGACUUGGGUUUGUGGCUGGUGUGAUUAAUCGUGAAAGGAUUCCCACCUUUGAGAGGAUGUUAUGGCGAGUUUGCCGUGGUAAUGUGUUCCUGCGACAAGCGGAAAUUGAAAACCCAUUGGAAGAUCCAGUAACAGGGGACAGUGUUCACAAAUCCGUCUUUAUCAUAUUCUUCCAAGGGGACCAGCUAAAGAACAGAGUGAAAAAGAUCUGUGAAGGGUUCCGGGCUUCUCUCUAUCCCUGUCCAGAGACACCACAAGAGCGCAAAGAAAUGGCUGCAGGAGUAAACACAAGAAUUGAUGAUCUUCAAAUGGUCCUCAAUCAAACAGAAGACCAUCGCCAACGUGUUCUCCAGGCUGCUGCCAAGACAAUACGUGUGUGGUUCAUCAAGGUCAGAAAGAUGAAGGCCAUUUACCAUACCCUGAACCUGUGCAACAUUGAUGUGACCCAGAAGUGCCUGAUAGCAGAAGUCUGGUGCCCUGUGGCUGAUCUGGAUUCCAUCCAGUUUGCUCUUCGAAGAGGAACAGAACAUAGUGGAUCAACUGUCCCUUCCAUCCUGAACAGGAUGCAGACUAACCAGACCCCACCAACCUACAACAAGACCAACAAAUUCACCUAUGGCUUCCAAAACCUAGUGGAUGCCUAUGGUAUUGGUACCUACCGGGAGAUAAACCCAGCUCCAUAUACAAUCAUCACGUUCCCCUUCCUGUUCGCUGUGAUGUUUGGGGACUUUGGACAUGGCGUACUGAUGACACUAUUUGCGGUUUGGAUGGUCGUGAGAGAGAGCCGGAUUCUAUCCCAAAAGACUGAUAAUGAGCUCUUCAAUAUGGUGUUCAGUGGUAGAUAUAUUAUUCUUCUGAUGGGGGCCUUCUCUAUCUAUACUGGCCUCAUCUACAAUGACUGCUUCUCUAAAGCUCUCAACAUGUUUGGCUCCUCGUGGAGUGUGAGACCAAUGUUCACCAGUACAAAGGCCAACUGGACAGAAGACCUUCUGAGGGUUGUGCCAGCUCUGCAGCUUGAUCCAGAUGUCAGUGGAGUGUUCAAUGGACCUUAUCCUUUUGGCAUUGAUCCGAUUUGGAGCAUAGCAACUAACAAGCUGACCUUCUUGAACUCCUUCAAAAUGAAAAUGUCGGUCAUCCUUGGCAUCAUACAUAUGCUUUUUGGGGUCACCCUCGGCUUACUGAACCACAUAUACUUCAAGAAGCCUUUGAACAUUUAUCUUGGAUUUAUCCCAGAGAUUAUCUUCAUGUUGUCUCUGUUUGGAUACUUGGUCAUACUCAUACUUUUCAAGUGGUGCGCCUAUGAUGCUGCCACCUCUAAGGGUGCUCCUAGCCUCCUAAUUCACUUCAUUAACAUGUUCCUCUUCAACUACAGUGAUCCGAAUACUCCUCCGCUUUAUAGCGGCCAGAAAGGUUUGCAGUGUUUCCUGGUUGUGUGUGCCAUGCUGUGCAUACCUUGGAUGUUGGUCUUUAAGCCUGUUGUGCUACGCCGCCAAUACUUGUGGAGAAAGCAUUUGGGUACGCAUAACUUCGGAGGUAUCCGCGUUGGUAAUGGGCCCACAGAAGAAGAUGCCGAAAUUAUUCAGCAUGACCAGCUGUCCAUGCACUCGGAGGAAGGAGAAGAGCUCUCCAACCAAUUCUCCUAUCAAGAAGAUUCUGUAGUGAUUGCUUCUGAGGAAGUAGAGCAGGAGGAAGUUGUUGUUAUGGUAACAGUCCAGUCUUUUAAUUUUGGUGAUGUCGUGGUAAACCAAGCCAUUCAUACAAUUGAAUACUGUUUGGGAUGCGUUUCUAACACUGCCUCAUAUCUGCGUCUCUGGGCUCUGAGUCUGGCACAUGCCCAACUGUCUGAGGUCCUCUGGACCAUGGUGAUGCAUGUGGGCCUGAACGUGAAGAACCUGGGCGGGGGCUUUCUCCUGGUCUUCGUAUUUGCUGCUUUCUCUACGCUCACCAUCGCUAUCUUGCUAGUCAUGGAGGGACUGUCUGCCUUCCUGCAUGCCCUCCGUUUACACUGGGUGGAAUUUCAAAACAAAUUUUAUAUUGGAACAGGCUUUAAGUUUAUGCCCUUUUCAUUCGAGAGCAUCCGAGAGGGCAAGUUCGAUGACUGAGACCCUCCAUCAGUUGUGCUACUCUACCUCCGUGUAAUGUUUUCCUGUCAUGGUGUAUUGGUGUGACCUCGCCUAUCCUUCAUGCUUCAUAGACCUGCAGUAGUCUUACGAGUGUUCAGAGUUGUACAGGAAUCGGUGUUCAUUAAGCAGCCUACUAAAUAAAGAGGAAAUACUGCCUGCCACAAGCGGGGAAUCAUUCUUAAUAAUACCAGUGGUUUUAGUAUGCAGAUCACUAGGUUCCCUUAUCCUCACAUGUUCCUAUUCUCAUCUAUAAUUCUACUCACCACCCUCUACCUCGUUAUUUUGUUACGUAAUGAUACCUUUUAGUGAUCAUGUCUGGCAUUGUUAUAAUCUCAUUCAGUAAUGCUUUCUAAAAAAAACCCGACAACUUUAAGAUCAAGUCUCACAUGAUAAAUAUCCAUUCUAUCAGGGCUCAUUCAGAAGACAGGCUUUUCUGGCGGUUUGGGGAGGAAUAUUAUGUUUAUAGACAUAAAGUACAUUUCAUCUAAAUAUAUCGCUAUUGGAAGAGAACCCUAACUGGCCAUGACAGAAUUUUGAUUACUAGCUUACCCCUAUAGAUGGUGAACUAUUCAACAAAGAUGUUACUUAUAUAUUUAGUUUAUCAACGUAUCUUUCAUAUAUUGCCCCAAUCUAUUAGGUAUGGGAGUACACAUAUCAACUCAAUAUUGCAGAAGGUGAUUACAGCUUGUGUCUGUAUUUUACCAGUAAAACCACACUAAAUGUUUAAAGACACUAGGUAAAAGUUUAUAUAUUGAACCUUGUCAUGCCUAUCUUAAAUAAAGUAACACCCACACAAAUGUCACUGGAUAAUGGAAUGCUAGGGAGUCAUUUCUGAAGUUAGGGGUAGCUGCAGAAAAAUUGUAAAAUGCAUCAAUCACCACAUCAAGAGGCAGCCAUUUUGUGGGCUUAGCUAAUAUCCACCAGUGACCUCACAGGAUCCUGAGGCAUUUUGUGCCUCGGGGAACUCAUCAAUUCAUAGUGAAUUGAUAGGUCACAAACUAAUACUGCAAUCAGCCUUCCUGGAUGUAACAAUUCAGUUACUAAGGUCAUGUCCCAUCAUUGUCAGGAUAUUUAUGUUUACAUUAGUGCUGUCACUCUUUGCUGAUGUCAUUUCUAUGACCCUAUUGCUGCUGUGAAUCGGUGAAUGAAGUGUCCCUCAUGGUAAUAAACGCUUAAUUUAUGACAACCCGAAAA